AUGAGCAGGAUAUUGCACCUUAAUGGUUUUACUGAGGAGGACAAGAGUCUUUAUCGACAAUCAGUUUUACGAAAUAUCGUUGAUUUAAUGGCAAAAAUACUUCGAGCAUGUGAAACAUAUCGGAUCGUACAUGAACAGUUCAUACAGGAGAAAGUAAACGUAUUCAUGAAAUUUUAUGAAGAUAUCGAUUCGGAUUUGGGAAAUGCUCCAAUUGUAAUAUCGCAGGAAAUGACUAAAAUUAUUCAACAAAUUUGGCAAAGCAAUGGCAUACAACUUGUUUACGAAAGACGUUUCAAUUAUCAACUACUUGAUAAUGCCAAAUUCUUUUUGAAUAGCCUCGGAAGAAUCACCUCACCUGAUUAUUCUCCAACAACACAGGAUAUUCUACAAUGUCGAUUCAAAACUAUGGGUAUACAUGAAAUCAAUUUUAUAUACAAGAAAAUCGAUUUCAAGAUGAUUGAUGUUGGUGGACAACGUUCGGAAAGGCGCAAAUGGAUUCACUGUUUCGAUGAUGUGAAUAUGGUACUAUUUGUUGUGGCAAUGACUGAAUUUGAUCAAGCCGACCCGGAAGAUGAAAAUAAGAAUUGUAUGAUGCAAAGCUAUCGAAUAUUUAAAACGAUUGCACGAAGCGACUAUUUCAAGAAUUCGUCUAUUGUUUUGUUCUUGAACAAAUAUGAUAUCUUCCAAGAAAAGAUUAGAUACUCCUCGCUAAAAAAGUGUUGGCCAGAAUACAGUGGUGAUAAUUCAGUAGAGGAUUGUACGAAAUUUUUGGAAAAUCAAUUCCAGCGAUGCAUAUCAAACAAACAAAAAUACUCCGCUUUUGUGACAACGGCAACCGAUACCAAAAAUGUUGAUUUGAUUUUCAGCUUGGCAGUCGCACAUACCAUUGAUCAAAAUCUUAAAAGCAUGGGCGUUAAAGAAUAACGUAUAUCAUGUUCGCCUUCUUUCUUAUACGUGUGACUGACAGCUCUUUUAUUGCAUCCAAAAAAGUUCCGACCGUAUUUUCAUUGGAAAUUUCAUUAAAAAUCAACAGUAUUUAUCAAUAAUAUUCUCAG